CCGGCUCGUAGCAUUGAGGACUUAGUGCUGAGCUGGCAGUCACCCCAAUGCCCAGGUGACCUUGGGCAAGGCCUUCACUCUCUCUGGGGCACAUUGACGCAUCUGGAGAAGGUGGGGUUGGACUGAUGAUUUCUGGCCACUCCUGAGGCACAAGGAUUUGAAGUCAGGUGGCCCGAGCCCCUGCCCCAGCCCCACUAAAUUCUUUGGUUGGAGGCAGCUGUGGCCAGAGCUGGCCUGCCUGGCACGUGCUCCGUCCUGGGUGUCCUUGCUGAAGGGUGAGAGAAGCCAUGCCAGGUAGCGGCCCCGGCGAGAGGACGACGUGGCCCGGCCCGGCCCUCCCCAUGGCCCCCCCAACCCGCCCUCUCUCCUCAGCCCCGGGGACACCGCCCAUCCUGCCCCUCACUCGAACCCGCAGCCUCAUGGCCAUGUCCCUGAUGGGAAGUAGACGGGCCUCCGCGGGAUCCCGCAGGCGCACCUCUCCGCCCGUGAGCGUGCGGGAUGCCUACGGCACCUCUUCCCUCAGCAGCAGCAGCAACUCUGGCUCCUGCAAGGGCAGCGACAGCAGCCCCACACCCAGGCGCUCCAUAAAGUACACGCUGUGCAGUGACAACCAUGGCAUCAAGCCCCCAACCCCAGAGCAGUACCUGACCCCGCUGCAGCAGAAGGAAGUGUGCAUCCGGCACCUGAAGGCCCGGCUGAAGGACACACAGGACCGGCUCCAGGACCGGGACACAGAGAUUGAUGACCUGAAGACACAGCUGUCACGCAUGCAAGAGGACUGGAUCGAGGAGGAGUGCCACCGCGUGGAGGCCCAGCUGGCCCUGAAGGAGGCCCGCAAAGAGAUCAAGCAGCUCAAGCAGGUCAUCGACACGGUCAGGAACAACCUCAUUGACAAGGACAAGGGGCUGCAGAAGUACUUCGUGGACAUCAACAUCCAGAACAAGAAGCUGGAGACACUGCUGCACAGCAUGGAGGUAGCCCAGAAUGGCCUGGCCAAGGAGGACGGCACCGGGGAAUCGGCUGGUGGGUCGCCUGCCCGCUCCCUCACCCGCAGCUCCACCUACACCAAGCUGAGCGAUCCAGCUGUCUGUGGUGACCGCCCACCCGGCGAUCCUCCCAGCACCUCCGCCGAGGAUGGGGUUGACAGUGGCUUUGUGGUGGCCGAUGACAUACUGAGCCGGACGGAUGCACUGGAGGCCAGCAGCCUGCUGUCAUCGGGGGUGGACUGCGGCCCCGAGGAGGCCUCCCUGCACAGCUCCUUCAGCCUGGGGCCCCGCUUCCCUGCCAGCAACACUUACGAGAAGCUGCUGUGUGCCAUGGAGGCUGGUGUGCAGGCCAGCUGCAUGCAGGAGCGCGCCAUCCAGACGGACUUUGUGCAAUACCAGCCCGACCUAGACACCAUCCUGGAGAAAGUGACCAAUGCCCAGGUCUGCGGGACAGCCCCCGAGUCUGGGGACAGGCUCUCAGAGCUGGACCCCUGCCCCCUGGGGCCCAGGGACCCCAACUCAGCAGUGGUGGUGACAGUGGGUGACGAGCUUGAGGUCCCAGAGCCCAUCACCCAUGGGCCUACCCCACACCAACAUGGUGCCAACCCCAACCCUGGCCCGUCGGUGAGCGUGGUGUGCCCCGUGGAGGAGGAGGAGGAGGAGGCGGCAGCCACAGCUGAGAAGGAGCCCAAGAGCUACUGGAGCCGCCACUACAUCGUGGAUCUGCUGGCCGUGGUGGUGCCAGCCGUGCCCACGGUGGCCUGGCUUUGCCGUUCCCAGCGGCGCCAGGGCCAGCCUGUCUACAACAUCAGUUCCCUGCUGCGGGGCUGCUGCACCGUGGCCUUGCACUCCAUCCGAAGGAUCAGCUGCCGCUCACUCAGCCAGCUGGGGCCCAGCGGGCCAGACAGCUCCCAGCUCUGAGGGGGCCUCACCCAGCCAGUGGCUCCUGUGGCCUGACCACUGAUUGUAGGGGUGCCAUUCUCCCUCUCGCACGCAUCCCUGGGCAUCAUCUUAUUUAUUUAGUUUUGGGUUUAGAAAUAUUUUUUCAGAAUGUAGACCAAGUGUCAGGGUGCUGGGAGUUGAGGUUGGGGAAAGGAAUCCCAAAACUUGGCCAGGAGGAAAGGGGUGGGGAGAGCAGAGGGCAGGGAGAGGCACUCUGACCACACCAGCUGCAGAGGGGCGAGGUGGUGAGGCUCCCCCAGCCCGGCCUCUGGCUGCCUGGCCCUUCAGAUACGCAGACCUGCUCAGGAAGUCUCUGGCUGUAUUUAUCUGGGGAGCGCCCCCCCCCCAUUGUCUGUCCCAUUCCCCACUCGCUCCAUGCCUUCUCUCCAAGUCACCCUUGCCCUCAGCCAAGGUUUUGGGGCCAGUAUUAUCUCCUGAGAUGGAGCGAACUGCGGCCCACCGUGUAGGCAGCUGACCCGAGGACUCAGAGUGGGGUCUGGACCUGCCGGGCCUGGGGCUCCAGCCUCCCCAGGCUGCUCCCCACUUUGGGAUUCAAAGACAUGAUCAAGACCACAGGCUGAAGCAAAGAUGGUGGUGGGGCAGGAGGGGGCAGAGGGUAGUGUGGGUCUGCAUCUGUCUGUUCAUCCCAGGCCUUCCCCAUAACCCAUUUUCCUCUUGGCGCUUCUGAGUAUGUCUGACAGAGCAGCUGGACAAGCUGGAGCUGGGGUAGGAACGUUUGCCUAAGCUAAGCCCCAGCUCCAGUCUGGAGGCUAGGCCAAGACAAGGAGAGGAGACAAGGGCUGGGCAUCUGGGCUCCUCCAGCCUUCUGAGAUGAUCCACUACAAUGGGCACCAGGGCUGGACUCAGGAGGCCUCAGCGUGUUUGAAAAGCCAGAGGCCAUAGCCCUGAGAGUCUGCACUGGGCUUCUCAGGGGCCUCGGGCUCAACUUCUGCUUUGCACUAUGUUCCCUUUGUGGCUUGGGUCUUCCCCAUGCCAGGGUUUCUGGUGAGGUGGCCACUUGCUUUCUGGGUGAGGGUUCCUAGGUCUAUAUGCCUCUGGGGUAUUCUGGCAGGAUGACUCACAAGGGGGGAUAGUGAAGCCAUGAUGUCCAUCCAGGCCAAAGCAGGGUCCCCUGGGAUGCGUUCCCCAGGAGGUGGAGACAGGUGACAGGAGCCCUGCAGCACUGCCUGGCUCCCAGACCAACCCCGGUCUGCCUGGAAGGUUUCCUGUCACCACCUCCCAUUCCAGGACCACACCUGGGUCUUUCAGCAAAGCUGCUGGCAUUUGAAGUUCAUUACCAUUAUUAUUUUAUAAGAAACCUGCUCCCCCACACCCUCAGGGGUUACACGCAUCUGGUCAUCUCAUCCACAUUCAGAGGUUGCAGCCCCACAUUUGAGGUGGGCCGGUGGAACCCUGUGUCUUACUCACCCCUCUGGCCUGGGGGUCACUCCGAUUUUCUGCCAAGGUUGUUUACCCCCACCCUGCUGCUCUGCCAGCCAUCGCCUGACUCUUGGGCCCUGCCACUGUGUCCUGCCACUCAAGGGAGCACCUGCAUGCACUGGAAUGGGUGCCCGCCCAGCCAUCGGGGCAGGGCGCCCCACCUGCCACGCGCUUUGUGCCUCCAAAGCCCCCCCUCAGUCAGGGCCUCAGGCCAGCCAUCCUUUGUGGGGUGCCCCCCCUUAACCUGGCAAUGCCUGGGGCUGGCUGGACCUGUCCCAUGGGACACUGGGGUCAUGACCUGGAGGGAUCAGUGGACAAAACCCAAUCCAAAGCCGAGUCGAGACUGGCCCGGACCCAGCCUCCUGUGCUGUGAGCUCAUGGAGCUGCGUAGUGUCUCAUUAGAAGUAUUCAAAGCUUUGCUGAGAAAAUAAAUGUAUGACUAUAUUUGACAACAUAAAAUCUAUAUAUUUUUCACCACUGGAAUUUAGUCGACCUGCAUAGCCCCUCUGCUCCUGUUUGCAUCUUGCUGUCCUGUGGCCUUUCCUAUUGUGUCUUGUGUUUUGGUGGCUGUGGUCAGGGCCAGGGCCAUGGUCUACUCUGUCCCUGUACUGGCGAAGCCGCUUAUGAAGGGCUGAGCUGUGUGUGGGCCGGAGGCCUGGGGAGAGGAGGGGGACUCUGCUACCCUCUACCUUGCUCUGGCCCUGCCUGUGUGCAUCACCAGGGGCCCUAGCCCACAGUGUUGAGGGUCCUUCUCUUUUAGGGGUGUCUGGUGAGGACUUCAGGAGGCUUCUCUUCAUCUUGUCAGUAUAGGAGUUGGCUCACUGCCCCAGCCCUGGAACAAAGCUGGGACCACGUUGGUCGGGUGUCCCAGGCCAGGCCCGGCCCCGCAAUGCGUGCUUGUGUGUGUGCUCAGUAUCUGCAUCUAUGCAAAGGGGGCCGCACCACCUGGGCAGCCCCGGUGGCAGAGGCUGGCCUGCUGGCUCAGGCUGUAAGCCCUGACUAUGCAACGGCACUGAGUGUGGGGUUGGGGGCUGGGCCAGGAGCCAGGCCUGCCCGUUGAGAGUGCUCACCCUCCAAAGCUCCCCUUUCCUUCCUGCUUAGUACCUCCUCCUGGUGGGCUGUGACCUUUCCUUCCUGACCUGGCUUCUGGAGCAGAACCCUUUGGGGCCUCUCACCUCAGCCUCUGGCCAGAGCUGAUUAAGUCCUGAGGGACCUGGAGCUGGUCCCUUGGAGCCAAGUGGCUAGAAAUGGCUUCUCCUUAAUUUUAGGACUGGGGGCCAGAGAGGCCCAAGCUCCAGCAGGAAUGGGCAUCUAGGGCUGGACAUCUGCAGAGAGCUGGCCUCCAGUGGAGGGUCCCACAAACAUCUCCCGGGGGUAAUAGCUUUUCACCAAAACACCCUUCCCAACUGCCACAAGCCCAGGGGCAUCUGGCAGCACCUUGGGGAGGUUUGGGGGCAAAGGCCUACUGAGGUGCCCCUGCCCGUGAACUGUGAACCCCUUUCAGGCCUAGGGGGCUACACAAAUGAGUCACAGUGUACUCGUACAUUAGCCUGUCCCCUGAGAGAGAAUCCAUGGGGACUGGGAAGGGGGGAGGGCGGGGAGGGACCUUCACUCUUGUCUCCUUUGUCCUUUUGUUCAGACAGAGUUGUACCUGCAGCAGACGGCUCUGAAUUAAAGCAUGAAAACACAGCAAGAUCCUUGGCCUCUCUUCUUUAUACUGUGUCUUUCUCUGAGGUGGGGGGCGCUCAGACUUCCCUCGUGAUGUUCGCAAAGAAAGAAGCCAGCUGGGCAGAGCUCCUUCCCAAUGCCCAGCCACGUGCUGGUCCCAGCGCUGCCACGUAGCUGCAUGGAUCUGCAGCUUCACGUGCCCUCCUUGCCCCAUGGGGUCAGCAAGGAACCUAGACCUGCCUCCCCUCAGCCAUGAGGGUCAGACCUGCUGGGCACUCCAGGAAUGUCACAUUUCAUCCUCCCCAACCCUCCCAAGUGGGUUCUUAUUCCCAUUUUGCAGAUGCAGAAGCAGGCCAAGGUCACUCAGCAGGGCAGUGCUCCAAAGCUGUGCUCCCCACCAGCCCUGCUACUCUCCCCACUACUGUAGCCAUCCCUGCAGGGCAGCAUCUCUCUGCGGCACAGCCAAGACAUGGCUCCCAGAGGGAAGGCAUAGAAAGGCCUUGGCCUCACCAUUGCUAAACAGUCAGCCUUGGCAUGUCAUGGGAACAAGGAUGACCUCUGAGGAAGUAGCUUUAC